AUGGAUAAGCCUGUCCUGAUCAUCGGCGCCGGUGUUGUUGGUCUGGCGCUGGCGCACGGCCUCAAAAAGCAUGGAAUCCCGUUUCAAAUAUAUGAACGCGACGACCACAUUGACGCCCGCCCGCACGGCUGGGCCAUUACCCUCCAUUGGGCGCUGCCUUUUCUGCAGGAGCUCCUCGACGAAGAGACGAUACAAGGCAUCGACGGCGUCCAGGUCGACCCGAGCGUCGGCCGCAACGAUACGGGCAACUUUGUCUUUCUCAACCUCGAGACGCUCGAGCCAAAGUUUCACAUCCCGCCCAACUACCGCCGCCGCGUGAACCGCGAGAAGCUGCGCAAGCUGCUCCUCCGCGACGUAGCCGCACACGUUCGCUGGGGCAAGCGCCUCGACGCUAUCGACACUUCUAGGGACGGCGUGGUUUGCGCCACUUUUUCCGACGGCACCUCCGCCGAGGGCUGCCUGCUCGUCGGCGUCGAGGGCUCCGGCUCCCGCACGCGCAAGUUUCUGUUACCGGAUGCGUACCAGAACUACCAGCUGCCCGCACGCCUGCUCGGCGCCAGCAUCACGCUGCCCGCCGCCGAGGCUCAGCCGCUGCUGCGCAUCGAUCCGCUACUCUUCCAAGGUUGCCAUCCGUCCACCGGCAACUAUCUCUGGAUCUCGCUCCUAGACAGCCCCGAGAUCAAUGGCACGCUCGGCACUGGCCGCGAGGCCUACAAGUUCCAGGUUAUCCAGUCCUGGCUCGCCAAGACGCCCGCCGACGAGGUACCCGCGUCCGACGCCGAUCGCGUCGCCGUUAUGCAGCGCCGCGCCGCCGAGUUCCACCCCACACUGCGGAAAGUCGUGCAAAAGCUGACGCCCGAUGACGCCGAGGUGGCGGAGAUUUUGCUGCAGGACUGGCCCUGCCAACAGUGGGAUAACCGCGGCGGCCGCGUUUCGCUCGCGGGCGAUGCCGCGCACGCCAUGACCAUGUACCGCGGAGAGGCGGCCAAUCACGGCUUGCUCGACGCCCGGAACUUGUGCAACGCGCUGGUCAAGGUUUCAUCCGGAGAGGCGUCGCUCAAGGAGGCACUGGAUAGCUACGAGGCGGAGAUGGUGGAGCGCACGAAUCCGGCGGCCCUGCUGAGCAGAGAGGCGUGUCUAGACGCCCACGACUUUCACUGUCUAAAUGAAAACUCGGCGGUCUUGAGACGACGAGCUAUCAAGCAAUGA